UGCCUCCCUUUCACAAUGCGGCCACUCGCAUGCAGGAUGGCGGCGGCGCUGGUCCACGCGCUGACGAGGCUGCUGCUCUUUGCUGUCGUGGCGACAGGCGCCAAUGGAGGACGCGGUCGGGCUGAAGGGGCUCAUGAGAUUACCGUUCCGUGUGGGGAGCGAGUGUGCUUGCACACGUGGAAGCUCAAAGCGAGCCGCUUGGCGGUUGUGGCGGCCGCACCACAGGACGGGGACCCAGAAUGCGUCGUGGAAAUCACAGACUCCACAGCCCCAAAACUUUAUUGCUGCUCAGGUGACUCUACUAGUGAGUCAUGUCGAGAUGAAAGCCGUUCGGCCUCGCCCCAGUGGGACCUCGUCCCUGGGAAGACGCUGUCCCUGCAGUGUCUCCUCCUCCGCCCGCAUCUCCGCCAGGUCAGACUGACGUGGGUGGAUGAAGCCGGCGCCGAGGUGCGGGAGGACUCGCGGCAUCGGGUCCAACGGGCGUCCGAUUGCAACGUCACCCUGACCGUCACCUCGCAAGGUCCCGGAGACGAGAGGUUGAGGUGCCGGGCGACUGCGGGCGGAGAGGCCACGGCUUCAUCGCUGUUGUGGGUCCGAGUCCCAGUUCUUAAGGGGAACGGAAGAGGUGUCAACAUACCAGAUCCUGGGAAUCAAGGCGGCGGCCGGGACGUGGUCGGCGGCGCCGUGGGCGCCGGGACGGGGGCGUGUGUGGUUUUGGCCGCGUCGGUUACACUGUUGGUCGUGAAGAGAAGAAGAACAAGGAACCGGCGGCCGGAUGGGUCUCACCACACGACCAGCAUCAACAACGCGGGGGACGCAGACGACGUGGUCUACGCUGACAUGGUUCUUCCCGUCGUCGGCGACCCAGCCAGGGUCCCCGAGCGCGAGUCGACGGAGUACGCCAGCGUCAGAUACACAUAGUCUGCAUUGUGUCACUCCUUUGUGUGCGGGUAACAACUGUGUCCACAUAAAACAUCUAAACUGUUGCAGUAGUUGCUAAAUAUCACGCGCCCCGCCCUUUGACUCGGCUAUUUCGCAACAGAAAGACGUUCAUUUGGACCGUCGACAUCAACGUGGGUGACUUCUCUUUAUUGACGGCGACUUAAUGCGCCGAAGUGCUUCUUGAUUGUGAAUAUUUGUGAGGUUGUUCUCCCUCAAAACCGCAUUAAUUGUUGUUUUUAAUGAUCAAAAAAACAUGCCUUCAAAUCUAAAAUAAAUGUAAAGAUGACAACCGUGGCAAUUA